AUGUCCUCCCGCAGAGCUAUGGACCCGUUGUGGUGGUCAGAGGAGGAUCUCAACAUCCUGAAGGGUACUCGUCUGGGAGCAGCGGUGGAGCACUACUCAAAAGGUCUGGAGGACUUGCGUGCCUGGAGAGCACGAUUGUGCACCAUACAAAGGGAGCUUGGUGGCGCGAACGUUCUGGAAGGAGAGAGUGGGCAGUGGGCCAUGUCAGAGACAGCUCUCAAAUGGGCAAAGUCCACUGUGUGGUCGCGAGCCUUCAACAUCAAAGCUCUGGGUGUGGGCGACCAGCUCUAUUCCAACUACGGCCACAAGUCAAAUGAGGAGCUAUUACUCGGAUAUGGAUUCGUUUUAGAGCCAAACACCGCUGACUACUUCAGCGUAUCGCUGGGCUUGGAAGCCUCCAGCGCUGCAGGGAGGGAGAGGGCAGCCCUGCUGCGCGCAUUGCUGCAGCGCCUGGGCUUGCAGACAGAAUUUUAUCUAACACGUGCUUUCCCGCUUCCGUCGACUCUGGUCGUGGCUGCAGCUGCCUGCUUGUUGCCCAGCGCCCAAGCAUACAGUCUUCUUGCAACAGCCCCUCCUCCUGCCUCAGGCCCAACAGCAGACUCCAGUGAUGGUGGACCCCCAGAUAAUGGGGCAAAGCACGGUGAGAGCAGCGAGGUGCAGCAACAGGAAGGGAUGGUGUCGGGCAUGAUAGAGGUGCAGCCGGCCCCAUUAGCAGCAGCAGCCGCGCCGGCGGGAGGCCCUGCUGUGAGGAGCGGCCUGCAGCUUGCCUGCCCGGUGGCAGUGCACCUGCAGGCCUUGCUGGCGCUCAAGCAGCAGCUCAGGGGGAAGAUGGAGAAGCUGCAAGGCGGCAGCUUCCACAGUGACAUGGAGCUGGCCGCAGCUGCGCCUGCUGGAUCAGCCGCCCACAUGGCCCUUGUGUACAGAGCAGGCCAGAAAGAGAUAGCGCAUGCAGCACUGGGCGAGCUGGCACAGCAGACCGAGGCCUUGCUCCAUGCUGCCUUCACUGGCGGCUCCAGCCAGGCAACCCCCGGCAGUGUCCUUGGAUCGAUUCCACAGCAGGAUUCGCCAUCUUGGGGUGCGCUGAGGGAGCACCUGGCAGGGACAGCAUGGCACUGGGGGCUGGAGGUGCUGCAGGAGUGUCAGCCAGGGCAGGAGCUUGCGCGCUUGCCGCUCGCCGCCGGCGUGGUGGCAGCCAGCCGGGCUGGUCUAGUCUUACAGCUCGCGCUGAUGCACAUUAGAAAGGGGCACUCAGCGCUCAGUGCCACAGCACCCCAGGAUAGUUGGCCUGCUGAAGCCGGGAGCAGCGAUGCAUGCCACGCCUCAGAGACGGCAGGAGAAGCUUGCUGCACCAAAGGCAGUGCGCUGCUAGACCGUCUCAUCCAAAAUGUUGAGGUCCCUUUUGCGGCCUCCCUUCUCUCCGGCGAUGUGGGCAGCCUCUCCGCAGCUGAGGCAUUGGCAGGAACACAGCUUGAUGACCUCUUGCAAGAAGAGAGCGAGCAGUACCAAGAGCAGUAUGCUGCGGCAGCCCCUUCCAUGAGGGCAGCCCUUGUUCUGCGCAGUUUGGUUGUGGAUUUCAGCUGGGAAGAAACAGCAGGAGAAGCUGUACUUGUACUGUCUACGCCGGUGCUUUUGAAGGCCGGGCUGGUGCUCAGUCAUGCAGCCCUGCUCCAGGACAGCAGCUUUGAGACCGAGCCUUUGCUGGCGGCUAUUGCGGUGUGUUGCGCUGAUGAGGAUGGCCUGAAUGCUAUGGGAUCGUCAGACCUGCUCAGACAGCACGCUGCAACAGAUACUGCACCCAGCGGCAGUGAGUCAGGCACAACAGGUCUGGACUGA